AUGCUGGGUGCUAGGGCUAGAGCGGCUGAGUACCAUGCGUUCAAGGCUGCGAACGCAAGGCAAGCCUCUCGUGAAGCCGAAGAACAGAAAUUGCCCCCAACGCCGGCUCCGGUCUCACUCAGUGCCUUCACCAAAAACCCACAACUCAACCGUAACAAGGGCAACAAGGCUUGGAUCCCCUUGGUUUUGGAGGACACACCUGAGGAUACACUUGAGGAUGAUUCGAUCGAUGCUGAUUUGGAGGAAACUCGUGUCAUACCUACCACUCCACUGCGACAGACAGACAACGCCGAUUUCAGCGGUCCUAUUCUGCAAACGCAAGGAACCCCAUUAGGUCCUCGAGACCACCAGGCUCUUCGGACCAAUCUGCCAAACUUUGCCAUUCCAGCAGCGCCUAGGGCUAUGAUGGUAGCAUGUGAUAGAUCGUCCGCGAUUCUUAAUCCGACCCCCCCGCGUCUUCAGCAGCACCCUAUAUUAGGGCGAUCUCAGCGAGAUACGGUCACUGUUCAAUCCUCCCCGAAUAAUAUGCUCGGAAUGACAGGUCAGAACUCUAUGCACACAGCAAUCCCAAUUCAACGUAACCCAUUGGUGAUGAUCCCUUCGGAUAUCAGCCCUACGAAACAAGAGCACAAAUUCGAAUCUUUGGCUAGGGAACACGCAGACUUGUCCACUAGUCUCCCCGCGCCACUACCUCACCCAUCAUCGGAAAAUUCGAGCAUGGUCUGCAGCUCGAUCCUAUAUUCUCAUUCAGCUACUCAAUACACCAACGUACCUGCAUUGUGGAAUCAAACUCGGUAUACCGGUCCUUUUGCACCAGACGACGCAGAUCGUCUCAUCGUAUCACAUGCAGAAUCCGAUGGUUUUGUUGCGAGCGUACUCCCUGUACCUCCGUCGAUAAUCCGCCACCACUUCACAUAUUCUGACUCUGAUGGUGCUGUCGUUGAGCAGCUCACAUCAAAUAGUGAGAUGAUGUCUGAGAACCUUCAAGAUGACCAGCGACGGCCAGUGACAACACCUGUCAAUGAACCAUAUGACCGCAACACUAAGAUGCAAAGCUUUGUGGCAGAGCAACAAGCGUUAGCGAGGACCGGAAAGACAGUGCUACGGAAUCCAGACUUGCAACGCCUGAGAGAGAGCGAAGGGGCAAGCCCGUCAUCUGCCGCUGGUAGCACAAUGGCCUCCGAGCAAGACCCUUAUGGUUUCGGCAACGGAGAAUCACAAAUCUCGAAUCCACAAUUAGCGGUUGAACCCCCACCCGGCUUCGAAGCAUUUGCAGGUCAGGGCAGAAUCCUCAGAGACUUUGAGCUUGAAAAUAUCCUUAGUCCAGAGGACGAAAUUCUUCAACAGGAAUUCGAUGUUGGAAUGGAAGAAUGGUUCGAGCUUAAAGCCAUUGGCAAGAACGAGCGCGCCAAGAUGACCAAAGUCAUGCGAUCUAUUGCCAACACGGACAAUCCAGUGCCUCCCAAGACUGGACCGCUGCGUAUCCCUACCGAUAGGCAAGAGUCGAUCCGCAAGUGGUUGGAGGCGGACAGCCAAGACAAUCAAGCCGCCCGAGCUUUAGUUAACCAGAUUGCCAGGGAACAUCGCAACAACCGUUUAUCCAACUUGUCAGCCGGUGACAAGGUCUAUAAUGAUCUAGUUGCUAGCGCAGAGAUUGAAUGCGCCGCAAUAUGUGCGGUGGGCAAUAUCUGGGCAAACCUGACGUCCUACAGUAGUCCGGAGCUUCUGAGCUCGCAUGGCGCCGAUGAGAGAUCUGUGUGGGCAUACAAACCUGCGCCGGAGUAUGCAGUGGAGAGAUCUCGACUCGUUACAGGCGUUGCAUCGAACUCAAGCUUCUUUGAGGAAGAAACUGACGGAUUCUACAAUGCUCCCAGCCGCAUUGCCCGAGAUCCCAGGUUUCGGCCAGCAAGUAAGGAUAUCCUCAAACCGAAGCCUGAAGAGGAAUGGAAGCAUCGUCAUGAACUGUAUGGACGCCGCCGUUUGUGA